UCAGAAAGAUUUGAAACGAUAACAAAUGGCUACUUCAACUAGUUUGGCUAAUUCAGAAACAGUUGUCUAGGAAACGUGCUUCAGAAUGGAAUGGUUCAUUAUUAUAAGUUUCAUGGUGUUGUUUUCUUGUAAUAAUUGGAUCAUCGAUGCUGCUAGAGUUAUUGAGCCCCUGGCUUAUAUAGAAAGAAUAACUAAACGUGUUGUAGAAAUAACCGAAUCUCGCAUUAUAUCAGGAUCCGACCUUCCGAUAGAUGAUUACACUGCACCAAUCAACAUUUCAGCUUAUGGAAUUCGCCUCGAGGGCAACGUGUCCUUCCAUUCAGCAUUCGUAGCUAAAAUUGGCGGGAUGGAGCUGAACACAAGAAAAUUUAAAGAGAUACUUUUGAAUACUGAAGCCGCCGUCGAAGCUAGCAUACUAUGGCACCACAUUGGCGUAGUUUUGGAUUUUUCGGCUAAUUUGCAGGAAUACCAGGGAACCGGAACGUUUCUUGUAACUUAUCAGCAGUUCGAGUUCCCAUUGAGAGUAAGCCAAAUGUUCGAAACCGGACAGGUUUCGGGAAGUUUAAGGUUCAUGACGAUCGACAGCCAGAAUAACAUCGUUGUCGUAGGAUACCCUAAUAACGCUUAUGUACAGAUGAUAGGGAAAACGAUAAAAUCCAAUUAUUAUUUUCGGAACUACAUGAUUGCAUCAUUCGAGCGAUGGAAUUUCCAGAAUAUAUUGGAUGUCGCUUUGAAGGAAAAUCCUUUUCCUGGGGUUUGUUAUGAUUGUUAGAAUAUUCCUGCAUAAAUCAACAGUUUGGAUGUUCGACCAGGCCUCAAAAUAAAGCAGUAAAUACAAACAACAAUAAAAACAAUUAAAUCGUGGUCGUCUCAUGUUUUUAUAUCG